UACGACAUAUGUCAGUGUCAUACCACAAGUCACAACAGAAAUUCGAAAGUCUUCAUCAGGGGAUUGCAAUAAUAUUGUUUUCGCUUACUUUUGAGUAGUAACAUUCCAAUAAUUACUUGAGACGGCGUAAUGGAGGAAGUGUAUAUUUUAUCAUUGGACAUUGGGACAAGUACUAUCCGCUCUGUGAUUUAUAACUCUAGGACUGAAAUUGUAGGAAAUGCCUUUAAUCAGGUAGUUUUGCAUUACCCGAAACCUGGGUUUGUGGAAAUUGAUCCAGAGGAACUAUGGGUAUCGAUUAUUGAAGCCGUGAAGAAAUCUUUACAAGAUGCGAGUUUAUCCGCGGGUCAAAUCGCAGCGAUGGGCAUAUCGACCCAGCGCAGUACGUUCAUCACGUGGUCGCGUAAGACUGGUCGACCUUUUCACAGAUUCUGCACGUGGAAAGAUAUAAGGGCUGAUAAACUAGUCAAGGAAUGGAACAAUUCAUAUACAUGGAAGUGCAUAAAAGUUGGGGCUUAUAUAUUGCAUAUGGUAUCGAGAAGUAAGCGAUUUAAAGCCGGAAGCGUUUUCAAAUUCUCAAAUAAUCAGACUACAUUAAGAUUGUUCUGGGCGCUGAAUAAUGUGCAAUCACUUAAGACUGCGGUGGAGAGCGGAGAUGCGAUGUUCGGUACACUGGAUACAUGGCUAUUGUACAAGUUAACAGGUAACAAGUUGCACAUGUCAGACGUGUCUUCGGCGUCUGCAACUGGUUUCUUUGACCCAUUCACAAUGCAGUGGGCGGGGUGGGCAAUGUCGAUAUUCGGUAUACCAAUGUCUGCUCUACCGGAAGUCGUGGAUACAGCGGGUGAUCAUUUUACAAGUACCGACCCGGAGAUCUUUGGAUGUGCUAUACCGAUUAGAUGUUGCAUAGCUGAUCAAACGGCAUCAAUGUGGGGUUCUUGCUGUUUCGACGUGGGCGAGGUGAAGUUGACGAUGGGCACGGGGACGUUUUUCAACAUAAACACGGGUCGCACGCCGCACGCCAGCGUGUCGGGCCUGUACCCGGUGGUGGGCUGGCGGCUGGGCAACGAGCUCGUCUUCUCUGCGGAAGGAGCCAAUAACGAUACAGCCACUGUAAUUAAAUGGGCUCAGAGCAUAAAUCUGUUCGAAAACCCUUCAGAUACAGCUGACAUAGCAAUGUCGGUGUCGGACACAGAUGGUGUAUACUUUAUACCGGCUUUUAGCGGAUUAGGGCCGCCAUACAACGACUGCACCGCGGGUACUGGCUUCGUUGGCAUCAAGCCGUCAACCAAUAAAGCGCAUCUCGUGCGUGCUGUACUGGAAGCGAUCGCCUUCCGCACUGUCCAGCUAUUCCAGUGUAUACGUUCUGAGACUUCAUACGCUUUCCACAGUAUAAGGGUGGACGGCGGCGUGUCGAACAAUGAGUUCAUCGCGCAGCUGGUGUCGGACCUGACCGGCCUGAGGGUGGAGAGACCGGAGCAGGUGGAGAUGUCCUCGCUCGGCUGCGCGCACAUCGUCGGAUUGCAUUUAGGUAUAUUCAAAUCAAAAGACGAGAUAAUAUCUUUACGAAAGAUCGGUAAGAUUUUUACACCGCGGGCGUAUGUUAAGAAGAAUUACGAAUAUACAUUCUCUCGUUGGGAGGAUGCUGUGAAAAGAAUGUGUGGCUGGUACACCGAGCCUAGAGCCACACAAGCCGUCUCCGAUACGAACGUUGUAGCGCGGAAAGAUAACAAAAUGCCGGCCACACAAAAUGGCGGACACGCUAAAUAGCGCCGGCUUAUGUUUCUGCUAGCAAUGAUAUUUUGCUUGCCUUUGAUCAGAUGACAUUGGCUUGGAUAUAAUUGGUCAAUUAGCCGACAUUUUUUUAAUUGGGUAAGUUGAAGCGUUUAUGGUGACGGUCAGAGACAAUUUGGUAAAUCGACAUGGUGGUAGUGUUUUAAGUAUUUUUUUGUACCUGGUUUUAGCUCUCUUUUUACGGAAGACUAAUUUGAAAGAGAUUUUUUUUAAUAGAAAAUGUAGUAAAUUUAAAGUGCAUAGGAUUAAACAUUAAGGUGGCUACACACUAUGGGUUCACAUUUUGAACUUGCCUUUAUGCCAAUGUGCAGUUCUUGAAAUUGUGUGUUACAUCCUUUAUUGAUUUUUUAAAUGAAUUCGUGGUUUUCAUAGAAGUAAGAAAAUCAUGCCUUGAGUAAAUUUACUCCUGUUUUGUAAUAGAUAAUCGUCUUUAAUUGUUUUUUAUUAAAUCCUGUUUGCUUAAUAUAAGGUAGACAGAAAUGGUAUGGAUUUGCAAUUUUAAGUAUUGCUAGGGUUAGGAAAUGUCAAUUUAUUUAUUUGUAAGUUUAGUGAAAUAUUAUAAAAUAAGUAGAUAAAUAACAAUUGUAAUGAGAUUUUUGUAAAAUAGUUUCAAUGCUACGCAAUUGCUUAAUCAAAGAAUUGUAAAUAUGCUAUAUAUGCAUGAAGACAUUUUUUUUAAA